GUGGAGGCUAUAUACAGGGGGUACCAGUACAGAGUCAAGGUGGAGGCUAUAUACAGGGGGUACCGGUACAGAGUCAAUGUGGAGGCUAUAUACAGGGGGUACCAGUACAGAGUCAAUGUGGAGGCUAUAUACAGGGGGUACCGGUACAGAGUCAAGGUGUAGGCUAUAUACAGGGGGUACCGGUACAGAGUCAAUGUGGAGGCUAUAUACAGGGGGUACCAGUACAGAGUCAAGGUGGAGGCUAUAUACAGGGGGUACCGGUACAGAGUCAAGGUGGAGGCUAUAUACAGGGGGUACCGGUACAGAGUCAAGGUGUAGGCUAUAUACAGGGGGUACCGGUACAGAGUCAAGGUGUAGGCUAUAUACAGGGGGUACCGGUACAGAGUCAAGGUGUAGGCUAUAUACAGGGGGUACCGGUACAGAGUCAAGGUGUAGGCUAUAUACAGGGGGUACCGGUACAGAGUCAAGGUGUAGGCUAUAUACAGGGGGUACCGGUACAGAGUCAAGGUGUAGGCUAUAUACAGGGGGUACCGGUACAGAGUCAAGGUGUAGGCUAUAUACAGGGGGUACCGGCACAGAGUCAAGGUGGAGGCUAUAUACAGGGGGUACCGGUACAGAGUCAAGGUGGAGGCUAUAUACAGGGGGUACCGGUACAGAGUCAAGGUGUAGGCUAUAUACAGGGGGUACCGGUACAGAGUCAAGGUGUAGGCUAUAUACAGGGGGUACCGGUACAGAGUCAAGGUGUAGGCUAUAUACAGGGGGUACCAGUACAGAGUCACACUGGUACCACACUGGCCAGGUCUCUGACCUCCUCAUCGUUGUCGGUGAUCAGGCCUACCACCGUUGUGUCGUCAGCAAACUUAAUGAUGGUGUUGGAGUCGUGCUUGGCCAUGCAGUCGUGAGUAAACAGGGAGUACAGGAAUGGACUAAGCACUCACCCCUGAGGGGCCUCUAUGUUGAGGAUCAGCAAAGCAAAUAUGUUGUUGCCUACCACCUGGGGACGGCCCGUCACGCAGUCCAGGAUCCAGUUGCAGAGGGAGGUGUUUAG